AUGCCCAAGCCUGAUGUUGAGUCCGACACUGAAGGUGCACCUGAGAUUGUGACCGUCAAGCAAGAGAAGGGCACCACUGGGCCUUCUCGUCAUAAGCUGGUGAUUCCUCCACCACUGCAUGAUCAUUUCGACAGGCCUCCCAAGUGUCCUCGCUUUGACGACUUCAAUCCUGAUGACAUCGGCUCCUCCAAGGCUAUGACCGUGAAGUCAGAGCCGAUUCAUGCUUCGACAGCUGUCAUCGAGCCCUCUGAAGCUAGUACGCAACUUGAGUGGAUGAUCAAGCUUUCGCAACAGCUCCUCAAGGAGAACCAUGCCUUGAGGGCUCACAAGUCGUGA